AUGUCUUCUUCUUCAAUUUCCAGCACAAACACCCUUUUCAUUCUGUUUUACUCUCUGCUUUUCUUCUGUUUUUCCGGCAAUGCGGACACCGGAACCACCACAUUUGACUUCCAAACACUUACUCUCACAAGCUUGAAGUUCCUCGGCGACGCUCACUUGUUCAACAACAGUGUUAGACUCACCCGAGAUCUCCCCGUCCCUAACUCUGGCGCCGGCAGGGUUUUGUACAACAAGCCUGUUAGAUUCCGGCGACCUGGGAGCCCUAAUCCGGCGAGUUUCUCAACGUAUUUUUCAUUCUCGAUUGUUAAUUUGAAUCCGGGUUCGAUUGGAGGUGGUUUAGCUUUUGUAAUAUCGCCGAACGAUGAAGAUGUCGGCGACGCUGGUGCGUAUUUGGGCAUUCCCACCGGCGCUGUGGCUGUUGAGUUUGAUACUCUAAUGGACGUCGAGUUCAAAGACGUUAAUGGGAAUCAUGUGGGUUUGGAUCUUGACUCCAUGGUUUCUUCCCAAGUUGCCGAUUUGGACUCCAUUGAAGUCAAUUUACGAAGUGGCACUCAAGUCAAUUCGUGGAUAGAUUAUUCAAGUUCAACUCAGCAACUCAACAUCUCUACUUCGUAUUCCAACACAAAACCCAAAUCACCUCUCUUAUCAAUCACCACCAAUCUCAAUCGAUACGUAAAUGAGUUUAUGUUUGUCGGAUUUUCCGGGUCAACUCAGGGAAGCACAGAAGUCCACUCGAUUGAAUGGUGGAGUUUCACCUCAUCUUUCGAUGAUCAAGAUACAAUUACAAAACCCAGUCCAAAUCCACCACCAACCGCCAUCUUCAUGAACCCCACUGCUAACCCCGUUAACUCACCGCCGCCGUCAAUGCCCCCAUCGACGGCAGACUCUAACACGACGUCAACCGCCGCCGUUACGACACAAAAACAGAGCAAAUGCCAUAACCAGUUAUGUAAGCAAAAUGCAGGGGCUGUAGCGGGAGUGGUUACAGCAGGAGCAUUUUUCUUAGCGUUAUGCGCAGUCUUGCUAAUUUGGGUUUACUCCAAAAAAUUCAAACAAGCAAAAAAACCACAACUUUUUGCUUCUGACAUCUUUAAAUCCCCAAAAGAGUUCUCGUACAAAGAGCUUAAAUUAGCAACCAGAUGCUUUGACCCGACUCGGGUAAUCGGACAUGGAGCAUUUGGAACCGUUUACAGAGGGAUAUUAUCAGAAACAGGGGAUGUUGUCGCUGUAAAGAGGUGUAGCCAUAGUGGUGAUCAAGGAAAGGCGGAGUUUUUAUCGGAGUUGUCAAUCAUCGGAACACUCCGGCACCGGAAUCUUUUAAGAUUACAAGGAUGGUGUCAUGAAAAAGGUGAGAUUAUGCUCGUUUAUGACUUGAUGCCAAAUGGGUCACUCGAUAAAGCACUUUUCGAAUCAGGAUUCACAUUGGGUUGGGCUCAUAGAAGGAAGAUUUUAAUGGGUGUAGCUUCAGCUUUAGCUUAUUUGCAUCAAGAAUGCGAGAAUCAAGUGAUUCAUAGAGAUGUAAAAGCUAGUAAUAUAAUGUUAGACGAAGCAUUCAACGCUAAAUUGGGUGAUUUCGGAUUAGCGAGGGAAAUAGAGCAAAAUACGUCGCCGGACCCGACGGUGGCAGCCGGGACGAUGGGGUAUUUAGCGCCGGAGUAUUUGUUAACUGGAAGAGCAAGUGAGAAAACAGAUGUUUAUAGCUUCGGUGCGGUGGUGCUAGAGGUGGCGAGUGGCCGGAGACCAAUCGAGAAGGAGGCGAUUGGGGUGGGGACAAAAGGGCAGAAAAGUAGUUUGGUGGACUGGGCGUGGGGUUUACACCGGGAAAACCGGUUGCUAGAGGUGGCGGAUCCACGGUUGUGUGCGGAGUUUGAGCCGGCGGAGAUGAUGAAAGUGUUGUUGGUCGGGUUGGUAUGUUCCCACCCGGACCCACUGGCCCGACCCACGAUGAGGAAUGUGGUCCAAAUGCUUGCGGGUGAGGCUGAGGUGCCCGUGGUUCCAAGGGCAAAACCGUCAUUAAGCUUUAGCACUUCGGAUUUGCUUUUGAAUUUGCAAGAUAGUGUUUCUGAUUUGAAUGAGAUGAUUACCCUUUCAAUUACCUCAUCGGAACACAGCUUCAGUGGUGAUGUAUUGGACCUUGUUUGA